AGAGGGAGUGUGACCAGAGAGACAAAACCAGAAGGAACAGUUAGAUGAUAAGGUGCUGCUUUAAAUUUCUCCAGCUAAGAAGUUAUUUUGCUCCUGUGAAAUUUGAAGAGCUCUGCAUGGAUUUAUAACACAAGAAGAUACUUGCAUCCCCGAGGGAAAAGAUGAGCUGAAUUUUUAUUCAAUUUUUAUUACUUACUACAGAGGUAUGUAUAGGCCACAUGGAGCUGGAGGGUCAUGGUUAUGCUGAUAGACUAUCCAGCCUCAGUGGGGCUGGUGUCAGCAGCUGGAGAAUUGAGUAUGCUGCUCUCAGACACAGUCAAGUACUGCAUCCUGGGCAUAUCAGUCACUCUUCUGCUGCUGGCGCUGGGUAUCUUGGCAUGGCAGACCUUCAGAUGCUGCACACAGAAACACACCACGUACACCUGGGAAGAUACCUUGAACAAUGAUCUGCUGUACACAGAUGAAAAGUCAAGGACAGCAGAAAACUACUCAGGAGCUCCAAGUACUAGGGUGGAGGAUGUCAGUACAGAGGUCCGCAGGCUGAGUCACUGUCUGUCUCAGGCCUCUGCUCCCUCCUCAGGAUCCAGCCAGGCAGACGCAGACAUUGGGGAGCAGGCCAGCAUUAAAAAGGUUGAUGGAUCGCUACGUUUUUCCAUCUAUUAUGACCAGCUGCAGUCCCAGCUGGUGGUCACCGUCUUGCAGGUGGAGGGGCUUCUGGAGGACAGCCAGAUGCACAGCUUCCAGCCAUUUGUUAAGCUAAGACUCAUGUGGGCAAGUUCAAGUUCAUUGGAGAUGGAGGACAGUACCGAUGAGGAGGGCGAAGGGACUGCACCUGUCUUGUGGACAGUGAUGAGGGAGUGGCGGACUCGCGUUGUGAAAGGCAGCUGUAACCCUUUAUUUGGAGACCAGUUCAGCUGUAUUCUGCAAGAGGAUAAGGAGCUUCAUCACAUCAGUCUCCGGAUGGAGGUGAGGGACUUUGAUAAAUUCUCCAGACACACAGUGUUAGGAGAGGUAAGGGUUCCUCUAAGACAGCUCAACAUCUCCUACCCUCUGGAGCUACAAGAAGAUCUGAAGAUGCCCCAGAAGGAUCUUGUAGGAGAGGUGCUUCUGUCUUUAAAAUUUCUUCCCACUUCUCAGAGGCUUGAGGUUGGACUGCUAAAGGUCAGAACGGCCCUCACUGAAAUACGCUCAGAUGCAGCCCUGUAUGCCAGGAUCAGUGUGCAGUGUAACCAGUGCAAGUUGAGGUACCAAAAAACCUCUGCGGUGGCCCGCUGCCUGAUGACUGUCUUCAAUGAGGUCCUCAUGUUCUCCCUGCCAGAGUUUCCCCUGGAGCAGUGCAAAAUAUCGGUUUAUGUGUAUGAGACUCACACAACCAGGAAAUCAACCAAACAUCUGAUUGGACAGUUGACUGUGGGGAAGGAGAGGAGUUCAGAAGACGAGCACUGGAGGUUAAUGAUGCGCUCAGUCCGCCAGCCAAUAGCAAAGUGGCAUGGCCUACUGAUCUGACUUACAUCUCAUAAAUACUCAUCUGCACUUCUUGGAUGUCCAUACUUGCAUCUAUGUAACUGAAAGCCGUGGUGCUUUUCUAUCACGGUGUUUAGGGACCUGCACCUGCUGAGCUACAGGCUGAAAUAUGGACUCCUCUCUCUCCUGACACCUCAGUGGGAGACAGAUCUUUCUGUUCCAAUCACAGUGAUGGAGUGACUGCCCAGCUGCAACCUUAGGUUACUCAGUCUACAUGUUCACUGACAUCUCAUGUAUCUCCUUUUAGCUCCAAAUCUCACCAUACUGAAAGAGCUCUAAAGAUCUGACAUUUGCACUCCUUGUUUCUUAUGACUGCUCUCAUUCAGUGUAGCUGUGUUGUUUGUGUUACUGUUACAUUCAUCUUUAAUAUGUGCUGUUCUUUUGUGCUUGUUUUAAAAUCUCAGUUAAUUAUGCAUGAUUAAAUGUUAAUAUUGCAACUCUGAAUGUUCAGUAAAUUCAGCAGGUCACUGUAAAUUAAUGUUAUCUACGGGCUUUUAUGUAAGAGAAUCAAAAAUGUAUUAAAUAUCUUAAAAAGAAAUUACUUUCUUUUUUUAUCUUACUGAGGAUGAGCAUGCAGCACACUGUGGAAAAAAACAUAACAUAAUAUUUGUGCAUUUAGUGAGCAAUUUUAAAAUGUCUUUGGUAGCAAAGCCUUCUCAUUCAGGAACACCAUGCUCACACUUACGCUGUUAAACACAUAACACUCAAUUUCAGGUGUUAAGUCUAGCAGGGAAUUUAUACUUCUGCGUUGAAUCGAUGCCGUAGCGUUGAAAGGUGUUUUUGGCUUAUGAGACUCCACUGGGUGCACCACAGUGAUUUCCUGCAUUGAUUUUAUGACAGACCUUUGCCACCAUCUGCUGGUUUAACAGUUUACAUUGUUUGUGAAAGCAGAAAAGUACUGUACUGCUGAACUCAUCUAAGUUACCUUUCAAUCUGUAAGUAGCCAGUAACUGAGUCAGGGUUCAAUUAAGGCCGAAACUAAAAAUGAUGAUGACUUUUACUGUAGAUAACUGUUUUUUAGUUUCAUUAUUUCGCAAUGUAAAUCAUUUUUAUUAACAAAUUUAUCAUUUGGUUUAUAAAAAGUAAACAUAUCAAACAAUACAUUCUCAUUAUAAGCCAGUGUGUUUAAAAUUUAAAUUGAACAGAUACUUAUUCCAUGAUUGCUUGAUUGUAACCUAACUGAAACUUUGGUGUUGAUUAAAAGCAGUUAUAGACAACUUA